AGUAUCAAGCUUUCCAUGAGCCACGUCUACGAGAGUCUGAGUGCUUGUGUCGAGGUGACCGUGUCUGACCCUUGCCAUAUACUCACUCGCAUCGGCAAUGUGGAUAGGCUCUUUCUGCUGAUCUGCACCGAGCAAUGACCCACUUUCCGACGGCAUCUGGGUAGGCAUCGCAACCCCAGCCAGCCAGCCAGCCCACAAAAGGACGCUGGUGAAUACCGUUUCACAUCAUUCGACGGUCGGUCGCUCUCGUCAUACACUCCCUUUCGCACUCCAUUCGCCACUCCACCUUACCUGCCUCCGGUCAAGGCUGACUGCCUACCAAGCAGUGCCGCAUCUGUUUACCUUCCUGAAUCCAUAUUCUCCUCCACUCGCAUCGUUCUCGUUGCCCAGGCACUGGCCCCUUCUUCCCCCCUCUUCCACCUUCCUUUGAUAAACAUCUUCUUCCAGCCUUACACUUCAUCGACAACUUCAUCAUGCGUUUCUCUUUGCUCGCACCAUUGGCUGCCCUUCUCGCAGCAGUCGCAUGCGCUCCGUCAGCAGUCGAAGACGCCCACCACAACGAGCUCGCUGCUCGCACUGCAGAUGCCGCCGCCGUUGAGGCUCACGCAGCCCUAGAGGGCAGAGCUGUCGACUAUCGUUUGGUCAAAACAACAUCUGGUCAAGUGCGCGGCGUCGACGAUGGCAACGGCGUCUACCGCUGGCUGGGUGUCCGUUACGGUGCAGAUACCUCAGGCGCAAAGCGCUUCACGAAAUCCACCCUGGCACCGUCUGCAGAUGGCGUGUUCGACGCUUCGAAUGCCGGUCCCAGUUGCCCUUCUGUCCAGAGCGCUAGCAGCUACGCCAAGCUCGCCUUCACAGGACAGCAGAUCGAUCCUCCCAGCAAAUGGUCCGAAGACUGCUUGAGAGUAAAUAUCUGGGCCAAGCAAUCUACGCGUCAGGGUGCAAAGGCUAGGCUCGCUGCGAACGGCAAAGGAGGUGCAGCUGUCUUGUUCUGGGUCUACGGCGGCUCCUUCAACACCGGCACAGCAACAAUUCCGCUGUACAGAGGCAACAACUUUGCCGCAAAUGAAGACGUCAUCGUCGUCUCCUUUGCAUACAGGCACAGCAUUUUCGGCAACCCUCUGUCGGACUACGUCACGAAACAGAAGGAGAAUGCUGCUGACGGAUGGAACUUCGGACUCCUCGACAUGGAGCUCGCUCUAGAAUGGGUCCAAAAGAAUAUCGCCAGAUUCGGCGGUGAUCCGAGCAAGAUCACAUUGUUUGGGGGCUCCAGUGGCUCGACCAUGAUCGACGCUUACUCUUACGCUCACGUCGACAAGCCAGCUGUGGCGAGCUCGCUCAUCGUCUCUUCGGGCUCCGUGAUCGGCUUGCAGCUCGCGUCUGGCACAAAAUCCAUCUUCAACUUUGCCAGGUACGACUCUGAGUGGAACACCGUUUCGGACAGCCUCGGCUGUGGUCGAUCAGGCGGUCAGACGCAAUUCCAAUGCAUGCAGAAAGUGCCCAUGAUGGACCUCGUCAACGCCACGGUGAAGCUCAUCACCUCGGACAACACCGUCCAAUUCGGUCCCACUCCUGACGGUCACACCUGGUUCCAAGACUACGCAUUGCGCAGCAACACCGGCAGAGUCUCCAAAAUCCCAACGAUGAUCGGCACCAACUCCAACGAGGCUACUCUGUUCUCAGACGACCCUGGAAACACAUUGAUCGUCAAAAUCAGUGACGCAGCUUUCACUCCUCCAUUGUGGACAUGUCCAGCCAUGACCAACGCUGCUGACCGCGCUCGUGUCGGCGCGCCAACAUGGCGCUACCAGUAUCACGGUGCUUGGGAAGACUUUACGCAAGGUUACCCCGCUCUUGGAUCCUACCACUUUGCAGAGUGCCCGAUGCUAUUCGGCACAUACCCGCCAUACUACCUGGGCAAUCCAUCCAAGAAGGCGACGAUCACACCGGAGCAAGACAAGACUUCGCGCCUGAUGCAGCACGCUUGGGCGGAGUUCGCUAGGGAUCCUGUCAAUGGUCUGCCCAAAUUGGGCUGGCCUCAGUACAACCCUACGCAAAAGACUCUUGCGACCAUCGCUGUCAACAACCAGCCGCAAUUGACGCUCACACAGACCAACUUUAUCGAUCAAGGUGGAUGCGCCGUCACGGUGCCUAGCUUCAACUUCCUGCAAGGUCUCAGACAGACCAUUGUGAGCCUUUGGUAGAAUGUGCGCAAAAUAUCACACCUUUCCUUUGUCUCUUUCGCCAUCGCUUGCUUGCUUGCCAAAUACCACGCAACCCCUCUUGCAUCUGCUCUUCCUGCUCACUUGGUCACCGUUGCGACCUCUUCCACUGGGUCAUCCUAUACAAACUUCACUUUCUCCCUCUUGGCGCACCGCCCACCAUCAGAGACAAUCAGUGUCCUGUUCCAUGAGAAGAACCUCACCUUUCUUUGAUUCAGCCCUUCCUUUCGCGACUGUACCAUUUCCCCCCUCGUUGCACGCGAAAAAUGCCGCGCUAAAUCUCGCACACGUGCGCGCCAUUGCUUGUUCGAAGUCAUUUGUGGAGCUUGCGAUCAUACAGCUCUGUGAUAUGCUUGCCUCCGCGUCACGGCUUUGUAAGGGAAAUGGUCUCCUCAAGACUCGUCUUGUCCUUGGUUCCACUCAAGCUUCUUGUACGUACGUACUUGAGAAUGACCCAAUCGUAGUUCUUGAACCGUGA